GAGACCACUCAUUUUGGGUCGGGGGUUGGAUCCCUGGCCCACUUGAGCCCAGCCCAUUUGUAGCUCCAGCGCCCAUUUCUUAAAGCUAGGGUUUAGUGCGUUCGCUUCUUUCCUCUGGCGGCUCUGGAGAGAGAAGCGAAAACCCUCGCGACCGGCCCCGGUGAAGAGUCAUGGUUAAACACAACAAUGUUGUGCCAAAUGGGCACUUCAAGAAGCAUUGGCAGAAUUAUGUGAGGACUUGGUUUAACCAACCGGCUCGCAAGACCAGAAGACGCAUCGCCAGACAGAAGAAGGCUGUGAAGAUUUUCCCACGUCCUACUGCCGGACCCCUUCGCCCAAUUGUUCAAUGCCAGACCCUCAAGUACAAUAUGAAAUCUAGGGCAGGCAGGGGUUUUACCCUGGAAGAGCUUAAGGCAGCAGGCAUUCCAAAAAAGCUUGCGCCUACCAUUGGAAUUGCAGUUGAUCACCGCCGAAAGAACCGUUCCCUGGAGGGUCUCCAAGCGAAUGUCCAAAGGCUUAAAACAUACAAGGCAAAAUUAGUUAUCUUCCCAAGACGUGCACGCAAGUUCAAGGCUGGUGAUUCUGCACCAGAGGAGCUUGCAACUGCAACCCAGGUCCAGGGACCAUACAUGCCCAUUGUUUGUGAGAAGCCUUCUGUUGAACUAGUAAAGGUCACCGAUGAGAUGAAAUCCUUCAGGGCCUAUGCCAAGCUUCGUGUUGAGCGGAUGAACCAGCGCCAGGUGGGUGCCAGGAUGAAGAAGGCUGCGGAGGCUGAGAAGGAAGAUAAGAAGUAAUCCCAAUCUCAUUAGGUCUGAUUUUGAGUGCCUGCUUAUCCUAGUCUUUAUCGAGGAACUUAAAGAGGGUGUUAGAUGUACUUGAUUUGGAUUACUUUUUGGUUUAAUGUUGUUUUGAACUCGACUAUGUGAGUGGUUAGCUAUAAUUGCUGAGUUACAGUGCACUCCAAGAAUCUCUCGCAUCAUCUCCAUUGUGAAGUCUCCAAGCUU